AUGGAAGCUCGAGUUGGGGUGGUAGUGGAAGGAAAGCAGAGAGCUUUAAAUUCAGCUCAGGGAAGCGUGGUGGAUGGAGGUGCCAGGAAAUUUUUACAGCAACAGAGCCAAGCAAAGCAGUCUAUGAAUCAAUCGGCUCAGGUAGGCACGGUGAACCAGCUCUUAGCUGGUGGUAUUGCUGGGGCUUUUAGCAAAACCUGUACUGCACCUCUUGCUCGCCUCACCAUCCUCUUUCAGGUGCAAGGAAUGCACUCUGAUGUUACAGCAUUGAGUAAGGCCAGUAUAUGGCAUGAGGCUUCACGUAUUGUAAAUGAAGAAGGGUUUAGAGCAUUUUGGAGAGGCAAUCUGGUUACUAUUGCUCAUCGCCUUCCAUAUUCUUCCGUCAGCUUCUAUGCUUAUGAACGCUACAAACAAUUGCUGCAUUCACUUCUUGGCGAAAAUCUUAGGGGCAAUGCAAGCACGGACAUGUGUGUGCACUUUCUUGGUGGUGGGAUGGCAGGAUUAACCGCUGCCUCAGCCACAUAUCCACUGGAUCUUGUGAGGACACGUCUUGCAGCUCAGAGAAAUGCACUAUACUACAGAGGUAUUGGGCAUGCAUUUCAUACAAUUUGCAGAGAAGAAGGUUUUUUGGGAUUGUAUAAAGGACUUGGAGCGACACUGUUGGGUGUUGGGCCCAGUAUAGCAAUAAGCUUCUCAGUUUAUGAGGCUUUGAGGUCAUUUUGGCAGUCUGAAAGGCCCAAUGAUUCGACUGUCAUGGUCAGUCUUGCCUGCGGCAGUCUUUCAGGCAUUGCCUCAUCAACAGCAACAUUCCCUCUGGAUCUUGUGAGGCGAAGGAUGCAGUUGGAGGGGGCUGGUGGUCGAGCUCGCAUCUAUAAUACCGGCUUAGUUGGGACUUUUAAGCACAUAAUCCGGACUGAAGGCCUACGGGGCUUGUAUAGAGGGAUUCUGCCAGAAUAUUACAAGGUUGUCCCCAGUGUAGGCAUUGUCUUCAUGACUUACGAGACACUGAAAAUGCUUUUGUCGCGCAUCCAAACAAGUGACUAG